UGGGAACUAGUGGAGAGAGCGCAGCGCGGGGCAAGCGCGCUCUGCAGGACCAGGGCUCGGCAGCAGGAAUCGGUGCAGCUCUGGCUGCAGAGGCACCGAAGGAGGACACCGCCUUGGUGCUCGCUGGAGCCUGAAGGAUUAUGGAAGCACCCUUCAUUACAAAAGGCUGAGUCCAUGGCCCAGUGAAGGCAGAGGGACGAGACGGCAAGGAACUUGCACUGCCAUGCCCUGAAUGCACCAUCAAGCUCUACAAAAAGAUCAGCCUUCGGUGAAAUCUGACAGAAGAUGUUCCCACAGUCGGCUCUCUGGAAGUGCUUACCACGGGGGAUCCUCAUCGCCUCCAUCUUGGCCGUCAGCUGGGGCCAGUAUGAUGAUGAUUGCAAACUAGCUAGAGGAGGACCACCAGCUACCAUCGUGGCCAUUGACGAAGAGAGUCGGAAUGGUACAAUUGUGGUGGACAACAUGUUGAUUAAGGGGACUGCUGGAGGACCGGACCCCACCAUAGAACUCUCCCUGAAGGACAACGUGGACUACUGGGUGCUGCUGGACCCCGUGAAACAGAUGCUUUUCCUGAACAGUACCGGAAGAGUGCUGGAUCGAGACCCACCAAUGAACAUACACUCCAUCGUGGUGCAGGUCCAGUGUACCAACAAGAAGGUCGGCACGGUCAUCUACCAUGAAGUGCGCAUCGUGGUGAGGGACAGGAAUGACAACUCACCCGAAUUCAAGCACGAAAGCUACUAUGCCACAGUGAACGAGCUCACUCCAGUUGGCACGACAAUAUUCACAGGGUUUUCAGGAGACAAUGGAGCUACAGACAUAGACGAUGGCCCUAAUGGACAGAUAGAAUAUGUCAUUCAGUACAACCCAGAAGAUCCGACAUCCAAUGACACCUUUGAAAUCCCGCUCAUGUUGACCGGAAACGUGGUGCUGAGAAAAAGACUCAACUACGAAGACAAGACUCGCUACUACGUCAUCGUCCAAGCUAACGAUCGUGCCCAAAAUCUGAAUGAGAGGCGAACGACCACCACCACCCUCACGGUUGAUGUUCUGGAUGGAGACGACCUGGGACCCAUGUUUCUGCCCUGCGUUCUUGUGCCAAACACUCGGGACUGCCGCCCCGUCACCUACCAAGCCGUCAUCCCUGAACUGAGGACUCCGGAAGAACUGAACCCUAUUUUGGUGACCCCACCUAUCCAAGCCAUUGAUCAGGACCGAAACAUCCAACCACCAUCAGAUCGACCUGGCAUCCUCUACUCCAUCCUUGUCGGCACCCCUGAGGAUUACCCGCGCUUCUUCUACAUGGAUCCCAGGACCGCAGAAAUCACUCUUCUGGAGCCAGUAAACAGAGACUUCCAUCAAAAAUUUGAUUUGGUUAUUAAGGCUGAACAGGACAAUGGCCACCCACUUCCAGCCUUUGCUAGUUUACAUAUUGAAAUUCUGGAUGAAAACAACCAGAGCCCAUAUUUCACAAUGCCCAGCUAUCAGGGAUACAUCCUGGAGUCUGCCCCUGUGGGAGCCACCAUCUCUGAGAGCGUGAACUUAACCACACCUCUGAGAAUUGUAGCCCUGGACAAAGACAUCGAAGACACGAAAGAUCCGGAACUCCACCUUUUCCUCAAUGACUAUACCUCAGUCUUCACCGUCACACCCACUGGCAUCACCCGCUACCUUACCCUGCUUCAACCCGUGGACAGAGAGGAGCAGCAAACAUAUACCUUUCUGAUAACAGCAUUUGAUGGUGUACAAGAAAGCAAACCAGUCGUGGUCAAUAUCCGAGUGAUGGAUGCAAAUGAUAACACCCCAACCUUUCCUGAGAUCUCCUAUGAUGUCUUUGUGUACACAGACAUGAGUCCUGGGGAUAGUGUCAUUCAGCUGACAGCAGUCGACGCCGAUGAAGGCUCCAAUGGGGAGAUCUCCUACGAAAUCCUGGCGGGAGCCCAGGGGGACUUCGUGAUCAACAGGACCACGGGGCUGGUGAGCAUUGCUCCCGGAGUGGAGCUGAUCGUGGGACGGACCUACGCGCUGACAGUACAGGCCUCGGACAACGCCCCGCCUGCAGAGAGAAGACACUCCAUCUGCACCGUAUACAUCGAGGUCCUGCCCCCCAACAACCAGAGCCCGCCCCGCUUCCCGCAGCUGCUGUACAGCCUGGAAGUCAGCGAGGCCAUGAGGAUCGGCGCCGUCUUGCUAAACCUGCAGGCCACAGAUCGAGAGGGAGACCCAAUCACAUAUGCCAUCGAGAACGGAGACCCUCAGCGGGUUUUUAAUCUUUCGGAAACCACUGGGAUUCUCACGCUAGGGAAGGCGCUAGACAGGGAGAGCACGGAUCGCUACAUCCUCAUUGUCACAGCCUCGGAUGGCAGGCCAGGCGGGACUUCAACGGCCACUGUGAAUGUGGUGGUGACAGAUGUCAACGACAAUGCUCCUGUGUUCGAUCCCUAUCUGCCCAGGAAUCUCUCCGUGGUGGAGGAAGAGGCCAACGCCUUUGUGGGUCAAGUAAGGGCCACAGACCCAGACGCCGGCAUAAACGGCCAAGUGCACUACAGCCUGGGAAACUUCAACAACCUCUUCCGCAUCACGUCCAACGGGAGCAUUUACACGGCCGUGAAGCUGAACAGGGAAGUCAGGGACCGCUACGAGCUGGUGGUCGUGGCAACGGACGGAGCGGUGCACCCUCGACACUCCACCCUGACGCUGUACAUCAAAGUGUUGGACAUUGACGACAACAGCCCUGUUUUCACCAAUUCGACGUACACGGUCGUGGUUGAAGAGAAUCUGCCCGCCGGGACCACCUUCCUUCAAGUAGAGGCUAAGGAUGUCGACCUAGGAGCAAAUGUGUCAUAUCGGAUCAGAAGCCCCGAAGUGAAGCACCUUUUUGCACUGCAUCCAUUUACCGGAGAAUUGUCCCUUUUGAGGAGCUUGGAUUACGAAGCCUUUCCUGACCAGGAAGCAAGCAUCACAUUCUUGGUGGAGGCCUUUGAUAUUUACGGGACAAUGCCACCGGGCAUAGCGACAGUCACAGUGAUUGUGAAGGACAUGAACGACUACCCUCCGGUGUUCAGCAAACGCAUCUACAAGGGGAUGGUGGCUCCGGAUGCCGUCAAGGGGACACCCAUCACCACCGUCUAUGCUGAAGACGCAGACCCGCCUGGUUUGCCUGCAAGUCGGGUGAGGUAUAGAGUGGAUGAUGUGCAGUUUCCAUACCCUGCCAGCAUUUUUGAUGUAGAAGAAGAUUCCGGAAGAGUAAUAACUCGUGUCAAUCUUAAUGAAGAGCCUACAACAAUUUUUAAGCUGGUGGUUGUGGCUUUUGAUGAUGGAGAGCCUGUGAUGUCCAGCAGCGCCACCGUGAGAAUUCUUGUCUUACAUCCUGGGGAGAUCCCACGCUUCACCCAAGAGGAAUAUAGACCUCCUCCUGUAAGCGAGCUUGCCACCAGAGGGACUGUUGUUGGAGUCAUUUCUGCUGCCGCCAUAAAUCAGAGCAUCGUGUACUCCAUCGUGGCAGGAAAUGAGGAAGAUAAGUUUGGAAUCAACAAUGUCACAGGCGUCAUCUACGUGAAUGGUCCUUUGGAUUAUGAGACAAGGACCAGCUACGUGCUUCGGGUGCAAGCAGAUUCGCUGGAAGUGGUCCUCGCCAAUCUCCGGGUCCCCUCAAAAAGCAAUACAGCUAAAGUGUACAUUGAGAUUCGGGAUGAAAACGACCACCCGCCCGUGUUCCAGAAGAAAUUCUACAUUGGAGGUGUGUCUGAAGACGCGAGGAUGUUCACGUCUGUGUUCAGAGUGAAGGCCACCGACAGGGACACGGGCAACUAUAGUGCCAUGGCCUACAGGCUCAUCAUACCACCUAUUAAAGAGGGCAAAGAGGGGUUUGUGGUGGAAACGUACACAGGGCUCGUCAAGACAGCCAUGCUCUUCCACAACAUGAGGAGAUCCUACUUCAAGUUUCAAGUGAUUGCAACGGACGACUACGGGAAGGGGUUAAGCGGGAAAGCUGAUGUUCUGGUCUCGGUGGUCAAUCAGCUGGAUAUGCAGGUGAUUGUCUCCAACGUGCCCCCAACGUUAGUGGAGAAGAAGAUUGAAGAUCUUACAGAGAUUUUGGAUCGCUAUGUCCAGGAGCAAAUUCCCGGUGCCAAGGUUGUGGUGGAGUCCAUAGGUGCCCGCCGCCAUGGAGACGCCUUCUCCCUAGAAGACUAUAGCAAGUGUGACCUGACGGUCUAUGCCAUCGACCCCCAGACCAACAGAGCCAUUGACAGAAAUGAGCUUUUUAAAUUCCUGGAUGGCAAACUGCUCGAUAUCAAUAAGGAUUUUCAGCCGUAUUACGGGGAAGGAGGGCGCAUUCUGGAGAUCCGGACUCCCGAGGCGGUGACAAGCAUCAAGAAGCGAGGAGAGAGUUUGGGGUACACGGAGGGGGCCUUGCUGGCCUUGGCCUUCAUCAUCAUCCUGUGCUGCAUACCAGCCAUCUUGGUUGUCCUAGUGAGCUACCGACAACGCCAGGCUGAGUGCACGAAGACAGCGAGAAUCCAGUCUGCCAUGCCCGCGGCCAAACCUGCAGCCCCCGUGCCUGCGGCACCCCCACCGCCACCACCCCCAGGAGCACAUCUCUACGAGGAGCUGGGAGAGAGCGCCAUUCUUUUCCUUCUCUACCAUUUUGAACAAAGCAGGGGAAAUAACUCAGUCCCAGAAGACAGGACCAGUCACCAAGAUGGGAUGGCCUUUUCUUCCAGUACCACUGAGUCUCAUGAGCCAGCUCAUGUAGAGGGACCACUUAAGGACAGCCAGCCUAACCCAACAAGGACGUUCUCAUUUCUCCCCGAUGAGGAUGAUUUAAGCACCCACAACCCCCUUUAUAUGGAGAGCGUAGGUCAAAGGUCAACAGAUUCGGGCCUUUCGCCGCUGAGGACAGAUUUUGAAGAGCUGUUUUCACCCAGACCACAAGUUAAGAGCCAGUCUCUGAGGGGCCCGAGAGAAAAGAUCCAGAGGGUGUGGCACCAGUCCGUGAACUUUCCAAGGCGGCUGCUGUGGAAAGCUCCCAACAGGCCAGAGACCAUAGACCUGAUGGAGUGGCAGGUCACCAGGCAGAGAGUUGAACGCCAGAGCGCCAGGUCCCACCCACCCCGGAAAGGUACCGAAGAUGCCCAUGGGCCAGGGAAGGAAAGGGGACCCCGAGACACCCUGAGCAUCCAGCAGGCAGAGCAGGGGACACCCCUGUCUUCGGGCUCCUCCUUCUCCUCCUCUUGGUCUCACUUCUCAUUCUCAACCCUGCCAACCAUUUCUAGAGCCGUGGAACUCCGGUCAGAGCCCAGUGUGGUCACCUCUCCCGCUGACUGCACCCUGGAACUUUCUCCUCCUCCGAGGCCCGGUGGUGUAAAUUCCCUGGGCUCUAAGAGAGAGACUCCCAGUUGGGCUUUAGACAAGGAAACGGAAAGAAACUCUUUAGAGUUGGUUCCCCAUCCUCCUAACAUCCCUUCCUCCCUGGCACAGCCUCCUCCACCUCCUGCUGCCUUCACUGCCCUCCCUCUCCCCCUCUCUCCUCCUCCCCGUCUUCUUACAUUUCCCAUCUCUGGCCCCCCUCCUUCUUCCCUGCCUCCUCCACCACCAUCCCUUCCUCCUCUUCCGCGGCCUCCAGCCCCACGCCCCUUCCCACCGCCUCCCUCAUCCUCUUCAGUGUGCACCGCCCGGGUCACACGCGCCAGAGAAACUGCAUCCUCCACGAGCGCAAGGCCACCAGCAUCCAAAGCGCUGUGUGACGUGGCGCCCCACAGACACCCGAAGGGGAUCCUCAGGCACGUGACCAACCUGGCAGCACUCGAGAAGUCGGUGUCCAACAUGUACAGUCACAUAGAGAAGAACUGCCCGCCCGCAGGGCUCCCGAACCCCCACACGCUCUGCCCCCCAAAGGAAACGGACGUGGAAGGCACGUGUGACCAGAGCCAGGGAGGACUGGUCAGGGUCGUGGAGGGCAUUGACCAGCAGCCUCACAGUCAGUCCACGUCCUUGUGAUGUUGGGGGAUUCUUUCCUGGAUCUCAGUCCUCCAGAGGAGCACGGAGAAUUUGAACGUCAGUCAAAGAAGAGCCCACCGUUUUAAUCCCAAACUCAGUGCAAUGCCUUUCUCCCUCCACACCUUUCAUUUCCGUUAACAUCCUCGCCACUAACUCAUAGGGUAGAUUUACCUUAAUUUUUUCUUAACUCCGAGGUAGCAUUAUUUGUCCUACAUUUAUUUAAAAAGUAAGUAACCUUAUCUGUUUCUAAUGGGGGAGAUGUGGGCAUGAAAAAAGUACUGAUCCGACUAAAACCAAAGGCUUGUUGACCUUGUUGGUGGGUGAUGUUCCUUUUUUUUUUCUUUUUUUUUUUUCUUUUCUUUUCUUUUUCUUUUUUUCUGACAGUAGUUUUACGUGAAUGUUCUAGCAGGGGGAGAACAGAACAGCAGGCUGUCGGUAAUAGUGCUCUCUCUUUGGCUUGUUAUUUCCUUGAAAAAAAAAGAAAUGUUUCCCAGGUAAAAAAUGUUCCUUAGAUGUGUAGGGAAUGACAGACAGCAGGAAUUUCUAAAGCAAUCUCAGGUGCUAUAAGAUGCAGUUAUCCGUUUUCUUAUGAUAGCCUCCAUUCGGGCUUGUUUUGAUCUCAUUAGUAGGCUUCCAGACGAUAAAUUCUCUCUCGUUUUUUCAGUUGCUGUUCUAUUUCUUUAUCCUGGUGCUUUCUGUUUCCUUCCUUAUGAUGAAAAUAAAUCUCAUGCCGUUGACUUUUGUAAGACAUCUUAUUUUUGUCAAGGGUGCCUAAAAUGCUAUUUAACUUAGCCCUUUCGUAUUAUGAAAUCACCUCCUUAUUUAUAAUUUUCAGAUUCUUCUUUCCAAGAAAAUAUUCUUUGAUAUCCAAUUGACUUGAUAAAUAAAAUAAAAUCACUUUUUAAAUGAAGAGCUGUUAUACGUGGUGCAUUAUCACCUUUAUGCUCAGAAGUCUGCUCCUCCUUUUAGGUAGAAGAUAAAGAUUUAUUCCACAGGGAGAAAGUCCUAUCGUUGCAGUAGUUGUUAAAAUACCCUGAGCUCAACGGAUUGAAUUCUGAGGAACUGUUGCUAAGCUAAGCUCCGCUGUCUUCAUGAAGCAAAUACAUUUAUUAUCUGUACAGAUACAGGCACACGAUACAGGCAUACGUAACCAUCAAAUAACUAUUUUUUUUCCACGAAACACACUGAAUAAAUUUUAACUGCUAGAAGUCCCUACUUUUGAAGCAAAUCCCUUUAUUUGUUGAACUCUAGAAUUGUAGUAUUUGCGAAGAUAAACCCUGCACGAAGAAAGGUGCAGUUCUGAAAUAGUUCUGUGCGCUGUUCUAGAACAGCUCAGACAGUCACCACGGCUUCUGUCACUUCAAGAAGAGAACAGCUGUUUUCUUGAGAUAUCCCAGCCAUGGUUAAGCUCGUCUUGGGCUUCUGUGAGUCCACAAGGGCUGAGAACUCUGUACUGUGUCAUCGCUGAGGUGGUUUUUCUGGUGGUGGUUUGUGGGGUUUUUGUUUGAUUGGUUUGGUUUGGUUUUGGUUUGAGUUUUUUGUUUUGUUGUUGUUGUUUUGUGGUUUGUUUGGGUUUUUUUUUUUUUGGCUCUUAAAAUUUGGGACAACCUUUCAAUAAUUUGAUGUUCAUUCCUAAUUAACAAGAAUAAGUAAAAGAGCAAUCAGCAAUCUUACUUAUUCUCAGUAGCCCAUCUGCUUCAGAUACUUUUCUUCCAAACCAAAAGAAAUUAUUUCCUGGGAUUCAUGAUUGUGUUUUGUUUUAUUUUGUUUCCUUUUCUGUUUUUCACGGGAAAGCUUCCCUUGGAGUUUUUGUCAGUAGCUGGGUAAUAUGCUUGAGAACUUAUAGGAUAUGGUAGAUUCUGACAGGGUGCUGUUGAGAGUCAGUUAAAAUAUUAAAAUAUUUUCUACUUGAGUCCUAUAGAGAUUACUUAGAUAUAUAAGCCCACAGACUCCUUCUCUCCCUCCUUUCCUCUGCAUUUGUUAAGGUCUUCUUGGUGUAUAAAGGAAGGAUAGAUAGUUUAUUUGAAAGUCAAAGACAACAGUUUCCACACAUUUGCCAUCGUUAAGAUUAAAGGCAUACAGACCUCAGAUGUAAAAUGAAUAAUUGCUACACACAAUGUAAUAGUUACGUGAAAAGAUGCGUUGAUAUUAUUUGAUUGGUUUUGUAAUUAUCAACAGUCAUGCCUUGAAAGGACACAGAAAAUUAUAAAUAUUGAUUGUGUUAUAUACCUCUCCUAGGUAAGUUUCUGCCUUUGAGCUCAAACAGUUACCCAGUGACAACACCAGAACCUGUCAGUGUGUGUGUGUGUGUGUGUGUGUGUGUGUGUGUGUGUGUGUGCAUAUGUGAGAGGGGGCUAAAGUGUGUGUGGGGUGUGUGUGUGUGUGUGUGUGUGAGUGUAUAUGUGAGAGGGGGCUAAAGUGUGUGUGCGUGUGUGUGUGUGUGAGUGAGUGUUUGUGAGUAUGUGUGUGUAACUGCUUUUGAGAGAGAAUCUCAAUCUUGUCUCAUAACCGACAAUGGCUUCAGACUCACUAUGUAGUUCACACUGACUUUACACAUACCAAUUCUCCUGCCUCAGCCUCAUAAGUGCUGGGAUUCUUAGGCAUGAGCCACUAAACCAGGAUAUUGAAAGGUUUUUUUUGCAUAUUUAAUAAAAGGAGAAAAAUGAAAUAUACUAGGAAAUAAAAUCUGUCUGAAUAUUUUAGCUGAUAUGUGAGACUCAUCAAUAGGAUGAAGUCCCAAAUACGAGCUGUGUCUGAUUGUCUCUGACUGGAAUAAACCUGAAUACGUAUACAGUUUUGUGAGCAUCGGCAGGAUCGUAAUCCCCACGUGUGUUGGCAGAAGUAGAUAGACAUUCUGUGGACGUCACUGUGGAAACUUUCAGAAAAUGAACUGUUGAGGAAUCCUUCACACUUCGCUGGCCCCAUUACCAGUGGCUUCACUGGGCUGUCUGGUGGCCCUUUAAGACACUCUGAAUCUAUAGACUCAUCCUGCAGAACACUGGUUCUCAACCUUCCUAAUUUUGUAACCUUUUAACACGGUUAUUUACAUUGUGGUGACCAACCCCCCCCAACCAUAAAAAUUAUUUUGUUGCCCCUUCAUAACUGUAAAUGUAUACUCUUACAAAUCAUAGUUUUUGUAUUAUGGAGAAUCUGACCGGCAAUCCUUGUGGGAGGCAUGACCCACAGGUUGAGAACCGCUGCAGAGACAUGGCUGCCUUCUCUGCAAAGAUGCUCUUGUUGAGCCGCACAAAGCCAUGGCUUUAGCUCAGUGAUAUUUACAGCGCAGUCGUGCGCAAGAUCAGUAACAUCAGUGUAGCAAUUAAAUGCACAGAAAAUGAAGAAAAAUCUCGUAAUUCGUGGCACCCGUGCUGUCACACUCCCAAGCGCAGACAAAUAUUGCACAACUUGUGCUUUGUGCGCUUUACUUAUCCUUUUGUAGUUUUGAAUAUUAGAAGCUAAGAAGAACCUCAAAAGCAAGUAAAGUAGAUUGUUAAAAAAGUAAAGAAGGUCCUCGAUUGUAUCUUUUGGCACUGUUAGAAUCAGGUUGACACAUAUAGACAAAACAAUUGCAUUCGCAUGAAAGAAAAUAACCUGAGGAUGGACCAGCCUAUCCGAUUUUCUGUUUCAUGAUAUGAUAUUAUUCAUAUCAAGACUUGUACAAGACCCAGCAUAGGAUGCCAUUCUGCUAGCUGAUCAUAACAGAAUCAAAAUGAAUUAUCGCAUAUUAUUUUUAAGUUGUUCUCACAUUUGUUUAUCCAGCACAUGUGUGUGCAUGGGGAGGGGAGCACAUGGAUGAUGACAUGGAUGUAGAUAGAGGUUGGACCACAACCUUCAUGAGUCAGUUCUUCCCUUCUGUCGUGUGGAUUCCAGGGAUUGACUCCGUUUAUCGGGCUGCAUGGCAGAUACCUCUCCUGCUCAGUGGAUAUAUUUUGUAGGUCGUACGAGAGAAAGAUCUGUGAGGAUAUCUUUUUAGCAAUUCAGGCACAACACGUGACCUCAUCUUAAUAAAAUUAGAGGCAGUUAUGUCCCCGUGAGAUGAUUUUUAGUAAAAUUUAUCAUAUUUCCUCUGAUUCUCCUAAGUGGCCCUUAUCUGUAAUUCGCUCUGGUCUGAAAAAUCCAUGCGUUUAACACAAGUUUCCAUUUCUGCCUUUCAGGGGAGGCUUUGCGCCAGAGGUAAGGGCUUUAUCAUGUGGUGGAGCAUCGAGCCUGCAGGGAAAGCAUUUGUGUAGUGUGUAGGACUGAUUCUUGUCCUUUUGAAGCUAGACUAUCUGCUUCUAUUCUAAUCAAAACUUUUAAUGAUGUUUUUCUAAUGUGUUUUCUUUCUCAAUGUUGCUUCUUUGCUUUGGAGUUUUAAGUCUAUCAUUCGGGGUAUAAACAAUGAUCAGUGGCUGACAUGCCCAUGGACGAUGUCUUUGUCCUGAACUGUAAUCUUGGGACUGUGAUAUCACACUAAAUUUGUUUCUCUGGUUCUACAGAUAUAAGCUACAAGCUAUAAAGUUACUUAACAUUGUUUUUUUAACAGUCCAGGUUUCUCUCUAGUCCAAAUAGUUUAAAUAUCUACUGCCAUACUAUGAGAGAGCUCUGAGUUUUAUAUUCCACUUCUAUGAUUCAGUCUACAGAGAACACAGUGAGGAUUCUAACCAGUAGUGAUGGAUGGGAUUUGUGAGCGAUGGCAUCAGUGAAGUUAUUGGGAGCCUACUUUGAUUUGGCACAUAGCUUCUCAAUCAAAGAGGGGUAUAAAUACAUUCUCUGUAGCUUGUCCUUUGGAAUAAAUAAAUACACACACACACAUGCACACAUAUAUAUUAGACUAUGUAUAUUCAUACUGGUAACCUAUAUGAAGAACUAGUUCUCAGGAAUUAUUGUAACACAUAACAGGUCAGUUAGAAUUGGAGAAUAACUAACCUAAAAUUCCUUUCCUUUUCAAAGAGUAAUGUAUCUAAGUGCUCCUUUUGAGCAGCUGGUUCACAGACAGAAUUACUUCUGGAGCUGCCUUCUACCUUCCCAGGCCACUCAGGAAGAUAUGCCAUUUAACUAUUUAUUCCCAAAAUUUGCUAACCUAAAAUUUGAUCAUGUAUUAGUUCCCAUUUGGUCGGAGCAUAAAUUAUCAUGAACCCUACUGAUACUUUGACACAACUCAUUGAAUGAGUAAGAGUGAAAAGAGGCGGUAGAAGGCCCUACAAAGUUGGGGACAAUUUCCUGACUCACAAAAGUCUUUGAAAACACAUUUGAAUGUGAACCAUCCAUAUUCUGUUUUUUGUUUUGUUUUGUUUUGUUUUUCAUGUGGACAUGAAGAUCAUGUCUUAAAUAUGAUCCCAAGGAUACUGCAUCUAGUCACUCCAAUUUUCUAUUCUUCCUAGUAGACGUAAUAUUUGCAAUGAAAAGUAAGAUGAUAAACAACUUGAAUCAAGGUUUUAACUUGUCAAAAUAGCCCUGUGGCAUUUAUUUUUAGAAUCCCAAGUAAUUCAUCACACUAUGAAGCUUAAACAAAAAUAUCUUUAUAGAAGUUGGUUAUUAAAGUUAUUAUAAAUUUGUUAAUUAAGGUCACCAAAUUAAAACAAAUGGCUUUGUAUAUACCUUAGGUUCCCAAAGGAUUAUUUAAAAUAGUAUCUAAUAGUUUGGCAGUGGGCAUGUGAAUGAUGAUUCAUACAUUAAGCAACAGGUUCAAGCUGUAAUCUGUAUUCCUCUCUUCUCAAUUGCAUUCUGCAUUUCGCAUCUGAAUUAUUAUCUAAAUCUUUUCCUGUUUUAAUUUUCUUUGGCAGCAUCAACUGCUGAGACCUUCUCUUCUUAAAC